GCUUUGAACACCGCCCUCUACUGGAUCGGAGGCGCGAUUUAGCAACGCUAUCGUGAGAGUCUGCGGAGGAGCCAGAGCCACUGUAUGAUGGAUCGUUUUGCCAUAUAAUAGGCUAAUAGUGCAUAUCUUUGAUAGAUCCGUGGAAGUUGAGCGCCCCAAUUCGAGCCGUACCUGUGUUCACCUUGACAAGGUUCACUUUGACCCCAAGACACAAGCAAGCGACCAGGUGCCAUGCAGGGUCCUCUGCGAUGGGUGCUGUGGGAUGUGAAAGACACCUUACUGAAAGUACGCAGCUCAGUGGGAAAGCAAUACUGCAAGGAGGCUGAGAGGAGGGGUCUGAGCCUCAACACAGCGGAGGUUGAAGCUGCCUUCCACCAGGCCUAUCGACACUAUUUCAGCCAUUACCCAAACUAUGGCGUCACUCAGGGCCUGGAUGGACAGAUCUGGUGGACAAAGGUAGUGAAGGACACUUUCUCCAAGUGUGGGGUGCAAGAUCCAGGCCUGCUAAACACAAUGGCUCAAAACCUUUACCAGGACUUCUGCAGCUCAGAGAACUGGGAGGUAUUUCCAGACUCCAAGGCAGCCCUGGAAAGUUGCUCCUCUCUGGGACUGAAGAUGGGUGUGGUCUCCAACUUCGACAGCCGCCUAGAAGGCAUUCUGCGUUUGUGUGGCCUGUUGCAUCACUUCAGCUUCGUGGUGACAUCAGAACAAGCCGGUGUGGCUAAACCCGACCCGGCCAUCUUUCAGCAGGCCCUCCACAAAUGUGGCGUACCGGCAGCCAGCGUGGCUCAUAUCGGGGACCACUACGUCUAUGAUUAUGUCGCCUCCCGUUCUCUCGGCAUCCACGGAUACCUUUUGGAUAGACACAACAAGCACUGCUACGCCGACAUCCCCCCAGAGCACCGACUUACCUCCUUGCAUGAGCUACCUUCCCGUCUCCAGCAACACAUGAACUGAUAUCGUGGCUUCAAAAUGCUCACGGUCCAAGUGUUAUGUUCUGGAUGUACCAUACGCUCACCUGAGUGGAACCCUUACGCCGACUGUAGAGUUGAUAGUACAGAUUGGUUUUGUUUUUAUGUUCAUCAUCUCACCUGAAACUCCCUUAAUUGCUCAAAUUAGUUUAAAUGUUCUUUUUAGAAUUUAGUGCAAUAUUGAAGAAGAUCCAAUCACUUCAUUAAAGGACAAUUUCAGUUUUUUUUCUUGUUAUUGUUGUUGUUUUUAUACAACCCAGAUCUUAUUCUUAUGGUUUUUGCCACCGUCGAAUCAGUUAUAUCCUUUUACUCACUGGCUUCCUUGUGGAAGAUCUUUGGGCACGGGACCAGGGCUGGAUUCGGCCUUACAAUGGCGUCUUAAGGGCCCUGAAAUACAAUCUUUAAACCUGCCCUUUAAAGAAAAAAGAGUGCCUCAGACUGUUUACAUGAUUUCCCAUUAGUUAGGACUCCUCGGUUGCACUGACCGGGUCGUACGACAGUCGACGGUAAAUAAGAUGAUCAUUCCUGCAAGUGGAUACAGGAAGUAGCUCGGCAACGCAACUGACCAUUGCUGACAAUAUCGUACAUUUCACGUUAGAACUUUUAAGUUUCAUUUUUGUUUACACAUCCCAAUACAUAGUUUAGAUAACUGGGUUCAACUGAACUUGUUUAAACGCGUCCGACAGUCGUGAUCCACGGCCCCCGUAAGUCAUCAUAGUAAAGCGGUUUUCUAGCGGUGGGCCUACGUCCAAGAUCUCCACAGUCACACUGGUCUGCUGGACGGUAGAGCCCUAGGUUGUGAAAUAGCGGAAUUAUCCUUUAAAUAAGUUUAUCAUCUGUGCAUGGCUUUUCUUUUUCUU